AUCUUGUAGUUACUCGCCUUUUCCAUUAUAAAUCUCGCAUGUGUCAGCGAAUCCAUCGGCCCAUCAGAAAGCUAUCUCCAGCAGAACUUCCUUUCGCAUCAAAUGCAGGCAUUUCUAAAACCUCGCAUUUGUCAGCGGAUCAACUCGCUCCGAGAUACUAAUAGCUAUGUGGACUAGGUAUAGAGCAAUCGAACAGCUAGCUACACGAUCAAAACAGCUCCCAGCAUCUCCCAGCAUCCCCGUAGCCCUGGCACUUGUCCGGCGCAAAAUCCAGCAAUGGCGUCGCCUCCAACAAUGGCUGGCCCCAAACCGCCGCCACCGCUCAACAUGCCCCCCUCCAACCACACCGUCAAAGUCUCGAUAAUCGACAGCACGACCAUCGCCAACAUGCCAAUGGCCAUCAUGGUCAAGCCCCCCGUCCUCGCGGGCUUCUCGCACGUCAACUGCCCCUCGUACAGCUUCCUGCUCGAGCACCCCUCAGGCCGCACGCUGCUCUUCGACCUAGGCGUACGCAAGGACUGGGAAAACGAGGCGCCCGUCGUAGUAAAGCAGAUCCGCGACGCGAAAGUCGGCAUGGAAAUCGAAAAGGACGUGUAUGACAUGCUGGCGGACAGCGGGCGCGACCCGGACGCCGUGGAGGCGAUUUUCUGGAGCCACUAUCAUUGGGAUCACACGGGCAACCCGGCGCGGUUCCCAGCCUCUACAGCGCUGAUGGUCGGGCCGGGCUUCAAAACCCGCUUUCCCCCCGCGUGGCCCACGGUGGCCGACUCCUGGUUGACGGAAGACGCAUGGGAAGGGCGCGAGCUAAAGGAAGUCGAGUUUUCCACGGAGCUCAAGAUCGGGCGCUUCAAAGCCGUCGACUGGUUCGGCGACGGCAGCUUCUACGUGCUUGACACCCCGGGCCACCUCCUGGGCCACAUCUGCGGGCUGGCGCGCACGACGCCCGACACCUUCAUUCUUAUGGGUGGGGAUGCGGCGCAUCAUGCGGGCGAGAUCCGGCCGACUGAGUUCGUGCCGCUGCCGGCGAGCGUGGCGUUGGAAGGGGUAAGGCCCGGCGCUGGCUUCCCGGUCCCGUGUCCUGGGGAGCUGUUGCUGAGGCGGGUGCAUCCGCGGGAGAGCGCGACGAAGCCGUUCUAUGAGCCUGCGGAUGGGUUUAAUGAGGAUGGGCCUGAGGCGGAGCGGUCGCUGGAGGGCGUGACGGAGUUUGAUGCGGACGAGAAUGUGCUGGUGGUGCUGGCGCAUGAUGCGUCGCUGCGGGAUGUUGUGGGGUUUUAUCCGCAGGAGGCGAAUGAGUGGAAGCGGAAGCUUUGGCGAGACAAAGGGAGGUGGAGGUUUCUUACGGACUUUGGGGCGGGGUUGAGAACGGAGGAAGAUGGGUUGUAG